GUGAAAAGAUGCGGCGGGAAGCUAAAUGAUGUUUGUCUGUACCUGUCGGUAGGACCUCACGGCUCCUGGAUAAUAUUUGUUCUUCUGCCGCUUCAGACUCAGCUUCUGCUCGGUGGCCUUUCAUCUUGGAUUAAGUGGCGCCUGCUGUGUAACCUGAACACAAUAACACCCCAAGCCCAGAAAACAUCUCCCUUGAAAGAUGAUCCAAUUCUAGGAACAAAACACCAUUAAGCUUUGUUUACUCACGUCAAUGAGACGCAUUAAAACCUUCAGUGCUAUGGUCCUCCUCGUCUCUUUAUUUCUGAUCUUUUUCUACUCAACCCUAAACCUGGAGACGACCUACAGUCGCAGGGCUGCACCAGAGGAACUCCUCACGCAUCCCGGCCUCCAUGUCAAUGAAAGGGAUGUGAAAACACAACACUCCAACACACCUCAACCAAAUGCCUAUAAUGUAUCUGUCUGUAAAGACUUCAGAAAAAGCGUCCCUCAGAACGCAGCGUACUGGAACCGCCUGCUGUGGUCAGCCCUCAGGAAUCUGGACAAGCGAGAAACCCUCAUCAGCCAUGACCUCGAUUGGUCUCGCUGCAGGGAGACAAAUCAAGAGCUUCUGCAAACCAAUGUGCAUGACUUCACCUCCUACCCCGUCUUAUUCCAGGACUUCUUGCAGGCCAUGAACUGCAGGACCCCCCCUGUCCUUCUCAAUCAACCCAACAAGUGCCCCUCUGGUGAGGGCAACCAGACCUUCCUGCUUUUUGCUAUUAAAUCGAAUCUUGGAAACUUUGAGCAGAGGCAGGCGGUGCGGGAGACCUGGGGGCGAGAGGGGAAGCUCAAGGGUGGACCGAGGGUGCGCACUGUGUUUCUGCUGGGCAGCUCCCCUCUGGAUGACCCUGACCUCAGCCAACUGCUGUCGUUUGAAGCAAGGCACUUUGGGGACGUUGUGCAGUGGGACUUCCAUGAAUCCCUCUUGAACCUGACGCUCAAAUUGAACCUGCUUUUCCAAUGGACACUGAAAUACUGUACUAAUGCCUCCUUCGUCUUCAGCGGGGAUGACGAUGUAUUCGUCAACACGCCAAGGUUAAUCGGCUACAUGCAGUCACUGGAGCCGCCCAAGGCCUCUCAGUUGUAUGUUGGACAUGUUAUAAGCACAGCAAAUCCCCUCAGGGACCCCAGAAGCAAAUACUUACAUUCCUCUGAGCUUCUAUGGGCUGGCCCAUACCCUGCUUACGCUGGCGGAGGCGGUUUUAUCUCUGGAGCAUUGAUGAAACCCCUACAUUCAGUUUCACGCAUCAUCCCUUUUUUCCCCAUCGACGACGUCUACGCUGGGAUGUGCUUUAAAGCUUUGGGGGUUUCUCCAGAGGCAAACGAGCGCUUUCAGACAUUCGACAUCAAGGAGCAGGAUCGCGAGAAUCUGUGUGUUCAUAAAGAUCUGUUUCUCAUUCACCAGCGCUCCCCACAGCAGAUAAAGAAGCUGUGGAAGGGCAUUCACAGCCCGUUGUUGACUUGUUGAACAGGAAUGAUGAGCAACAGGAAAAUAGGCCCAAAGAGAGUAAACAUUGACUGCAGCGACAUUUUUGGAGCUUCCAGCCUCCCUUCAAGAUUUUUCACUGCCAAUUCAAAAUUAACACUUUCUAAUUGUGUCUUUAACUAAAUGUCCCUAUUGUGCCAUUGAAGUUAAAUAAAUCAAAUCAACAAAGA